AUGAACGUACUGGUUUACUCCGGACCAGAGGUCGUCCAAGCGUCCUUGAGCGGUGCCCUCGCCGCUCUGAGAACGAUUCUGCAGCCAAAUUACUCAGUUCAGUCUAUUUCGCUGCAAACAUUUCUGUCUCAGCCCUGGUACACGUCGUGCGCCCUUCUUGUGCUGCCUGAAUGCCGCAGGCCGUUCCAAUCGAAAUCAACCUCGGCAAUCCAGGCGUUUGUCGAGAAUGGGGGCGCGUUUCUUGGACUAUCUACUGGGGCAAAGUUCUCUACGAGCCCCUUAGACUCAGAUAUCACGAACAUGACCGCUGGGAGCGGCUCGACCGAUCCAUUAUUACGAUUCAGGCAAAUGAUGAAGGGAGGGUACCUCUACCCGACAUACUCCAGAGAAAGCUCGGAUCUGGCACGCAGCUCGGUCACCGUCCUUGCACAGGACGGCGCGCAGGCUCGGCUUGUCCAGACGUCCAGGAAAGAAUUCGUCGCGGUAGAUCAGAUGGAAGGGGGAAAGGCACUAGCUACAUAUGCCGGGGAGGAGGCUGCUGCUAGCUUCAUUCACGAACUAGGAAAAGGGAAAGUUGUCCUUUGGGGACCAGGGCUUGAAUACCCUCUUUCAUCGCUCGCACCUACUGUGGAUGUUUCUGCUGAAGAACAUCGUCGUGGCGAACUCUUACGGGCUACUCUCUCGAGCCUAUCCCUACAAGUUCCGUCAGCGGAACUACCCCGUAUAUCUCGACCCCUCCCCCAAUUCUUGAUGGGGCCUCCGUCCAAGCCUGGGAUUGUGCUGAAGAUCCUACGCCCAUUGGCUCUGGGAUACCCAGGUUCAGAGCCCAGCGUCUUGAAAGACACCAACGACACUUUCUUUUUCCACCCUAUCGAAGACAGCAAUCAGGUUUUCCAACAAGCAGUGGCUGAAUUGGAACACGUAGAAGAUCCGGCCAACUGGCAGCCUAAGCACAUCAUUGUUUGUCCUGAUGGGGUGCUACCUCCUUCCGAACUCACCCCUCUGUUCGAUUGUGCGGCAUUCUUCAACGCACUUAGUGCCGCGCAAGACAAAGAUGGGCUCCCUGCCCAAGGAGAGCCUUGGAGGAUGGGUGAAGCCUUCGCUUACAGCAAGGCGGUCACCAGUACUCAAACCAUGCUUGACAAGAACCCUCAUUUCCUGACGUCCUUACCGGCGCCCUUCGUGUCAAUGGCGUCUUAUCAACUUGCUGGCCGUGGUCGUGGGGCAAACGUGUGGCUUUCGCCCUCAGGCUGCUUGCAAUUUUCGGUGCUUAUUCGAGUAUCACUCGCAACUUUCCCUGCCAGUAAACUUGUUUUCGUUCAAUACCUCUUUGCGCUCGCCGUGGCGGAGGCUUGCCGCGAGGAAAGUGUUUUGGGAUCUGUGGGGAAUAGUGUACGACUCAAGUGGCCUAACGACCUGUAUGCGGUGCUCGGCGAUUCACAAGAAUCAAGGCGAAAAAUUGGUGGUAUCCUCGUGAACACCAGCUUCACCGAUGGUAAUGUCGAUAUCGUUAUUGGCUGUGGCGUGAACGUGCUAAAUGAACCCCCAAUAACGUCUCUGCAUCAGCUGCUCGGGCCGGGAUCUCACAAUGGGCUGACCAUGGAAAACACGCUCGCAGCCAUACUCAGUAAAUUCGACAAGAUGUGGGGCGAGUUCGUCGCAAAAAAUGGUUCCUUCGAACCUUUCAUGGACCUCUACUUAUCGAGGUGGCUUCACUCAGAUCAACUCGUGACGAUCACCACAAGCGUUCCUCAUCAACGCGCGCGAAUUGUUGGUAUUACGCCCGAUCACGGACUGCUUCGCACCAUGCCAGAGUCGGAUGGGUACUCUGCGCGUGGAGGAUACAUCGAUCUUCAACCAGACGGUAACAGCUUCGACCUUAUGUCUGGAAUGAUCAAGACUAAAACAUGA